AUGACCAUGGAGAAAGGUGGGAACAUACAAUUGGAGAUUCCUGAUUUCAGCAACUCUGUCCUGAGCCAUCUAAACCAGCUACGCAUGCAGGGCCGACUCUGUGAUAUUGUGGUCAACGUGCAAGGACAAGCUUUUCGGGCUCACAAAGUGGUACUGGCUGCCAGCUCCCCCUAUUUUCGGGAUCACAUGUCCUUGAAUGAAAUGAGUACUGUCUCCAUUUCAGUCAUCAAGAACCCGACUGUUUUUGAACAGCUCCUUUCUUUCUGUUAUACAGGGCGGAUAUGCCUCCAACUGGCAGAUAUCAUCAGCUACCUAACAGCUGCUAGUUUUCUGCAGAUGCAACAUAUUAUAGACAAAUGUACACAAAUCCUGGAGGGUAUCCAUUUCAAAAUUAAUGUGGCUGAGGUUGAAGCAGAAUUAAGUCAAACAAGGACAAAGCAUCAAGAGAGACCUCCAGAGUCUCACAGGGUUACACCAAAUCUAAACCGCUCCCUUAGCCCACGACAUAAUAACCCAAAGGGAAACUGGCGAGGUCAGGUUAGUGCUGUGCUAGAUAUCAGAGAGCUAAGUCCUCCUGAGGAGUCCACCAGCCCUCAGAUAAUUGAACAGAGUUCUGAUGUAGAGAGCCGGGAGCCCAUUCUUCGGAUCAACCGAGCAGGACAGUGGUAUGUGGAGACAGGAGUAGCAGACCGGGGGGGCCGGAGUGAUGAUGAAGUUAGGGUUCUUGGAGCAGUACACAUCAAAACUGAAAAUCUGGAGGAAUGGCUUGGGCCUGAGAAUCAGCCUUCUGGAGAAGAUGGAAGUAGUGCAGAGGAAGUCACAGCCAUGGUGAUUGACACCACAGGCCAUGGUUCUGUAGGACAGGAAAAUUACACUUUAGGGUCUUCGGGAGCCAAGGUGGCUCGGCCAACAAGCAGUGAAGUUGACAGAUUUAGCCCCUCCGGCAGUGUGGUUGCCUUGACAGAGAGACACAGAGCCAGAAGUGAGUCUCCUGGGAGAAUGGAUGAGCCUAAGCAACCUAGCUCCCAGGUAGAAGAAUCAGCAAUGAUGGGAGUAAGUGGCUAUGUGGAGUAUCUCCGAGAGCAGGAAGUAUCUGAGCGAUGGUUCCGGUACAACCCCCGUCUCACCUGCAUCUACUGCGCCAAAUCUUUCAAUCAAAAGGGGAGCCUGGACCGCCACAUGCGCCUUCAUAUGGGGAUCACACCAUUUGUUUGUCGCAUGUGUGGCAAGAAGUAUACCCGAAAAGAUCAGCUGGAAUAUCAUAUCCGCAAGCACACAGGCAACAAGCCCUUUCAUUGUCAUGUUUGUGGCAAAAGUUUCCCAUUCCAGGCCAUCUUGAAUCAGCACUUUCGCAAAAACCACCCUGGUUGUAUACCCCUGGAGGGGCCUCACAGCAUCUCCCCUGAAACAACUGUUACAUCUCGAGGACAAGCUGAGGAAGAGUCACCUUCACAGGAAGAGACAGUUGCUCCUGGGGAAAUUGCCCAGGGCUCUGUGUCCACCACUGGUCCAGAUUGA